UUUGAUUUGUUUUUAUUCAGCAGUAACAUCGAGCACUGUUGUUUUGCCAAUUUUCGUGCAAUUUAAGCCAAACAAAGACGUACUAACUGCUGAAAAUGGCUAAAAAGGGCAUGCCACUCGAAGCUGACCCAUCAAUUCUCGAAAACAACUUGCGAUUUGUCAAGGACGAGUUUGAGGAUGAAUUCAACAACAUUUUCCAGCCUCUGACGCAAGAACGUCCCUCGAAAGUCAUCAAACCAACCACGGGAUUCUGCAUCAAGGCGUUCCAGGUGAAAAAUGGCAAGAAAAUUUUCAUCAAUAUUUGUCACACGGAUGGCAUUCCCGCUCCAAUUGACAUCAGCGAAACGGAUCUCACGGAAAUCCUUCAAUCGGACGAGCCGCAUUCCUACAAAGUUCCCAUGAGUUUGAGUGAUCCGCGUUUGGCGACGGAUAAAUCGGGCAAACAGGAAACGGCAUGCGAUAUUGCAAUUAAUACCAAAUUCUUCAAGAAAAUCGAGAAAGGCGGGCUGUUUCAGAACUUUUUCAUCACGCUGAUCUUCGAGGCACUCGACAACAAAUACGACAUCGAAAUUAACGAGGAAAAUUGGUUGAUUCUCAAGAACCGGACAGUAUUCGGGACACUUGUGCCGCAUCGCAUCCAGGAUCGUGACGUGCAAAAAGUCAAGGAAUACAAUGGGGAAACGGGCGCCGGAGAGACUUCCAACAACAAAAAACCCCUGAUUGAGGAAAUUGCUGAAAGUGACUACAAGAAACUCAGUGACAAGCGAACCAUUAAGCCCGAACACAAAUUGAUACAGGAGACGCAAAAUGGCGAGGUCAAUAAACUCAUUGCUCAAUUCCAGUUGCCAGAGUGCGUUUCAGCUGCCGAAAUCGCCUUAAAUGUCAACGACGAUCGUCUGCUAGUCGAGUGCAAGAAACACAAAUAUUACUUUGAUGGCUUCGUGAAUGUCUUUGUCGAUGCGGACAACUGCAAGUCACAUUUUGACUUGGAAACAAAGACUCUUACUGUGGAUCUGCCUGUGUUGAAUAAAAAAUGAGUGAAUGUAAUUGACUCGGCGAACCAAUAAAUUAACUUUAAUUUGAUCUGAUUUUUUAUUUAAAUUAAUUUUUUAGAUAAAAUUGGCUUCAGAUACAAAAAAAAAUGAUGCAAUAAAAGGAAAUCAGGUGCACCAU